GGUGGUUCCACCCCUCGGGGGACAGGACAGGACAGAGCUGGGCUGAGGCCUACGGACAGAGCUGUGAGGAGUGACUGUACCGUGCAGCUCCUGAAAAUCAUGGCUCAGUUCCACGACUCGUGGGGGGCUACUGUACCCCGGCAAUGAGACAAAGGCCUGAUGCAGGAGUUCAGGAACUUGAUAGGCGGGACACUAUCGGUGCAGACAUGGAGGACAAGCGGAACAUCCAGAUCAUCGAGUGGGAGCACCUGGACAAGAAGAAGUUCUAUGUUUUUGGGGUGUGCAUGACCAUGAUGAUUCGGGUGAGCGUUUACCCCUUCACCCUCAUCCGGACGCGGCUGCAAGUGCAGAAGGGCAAGAGUCUGUACAACGGGACGUUUGAUGCUUUCGUGAAGAUCUUACGGACAGAAGGGGCGGCUGGAUUUUACAGGGGGUUCCUGGUCAAUACGUUUACACUGAUUUCCGGCCAGUGCUACGUGACCACCUAUGAGCUGACCCGCAAGUACGUGUCGCAGUACAGCAGCAGCAACACCGUCAAGUCAUUGGUUGCCGGGGGCUCCGCCUCCCUGGUUGCCCAGAGCAUCACGGUGCCUAUAGAUGUGGUCUCCCAGCACCUUAUGAUGCAGCGCAAAGGAGAGAGUAUGGGGAGGUUCCGGGUGCAUAACCCAGACGGGAAGCAGCCUGUGGUGUUCGGCCAGACCAAAGACAUAAUCCUGCAGAUAUGUCGUGCUGACGGUUUCCGAGGUUUCUACAGGGGUUACGUGGCUUCCCUGCUCACCUACAUCCCUAAUAGUGCGGUCUGGUGGCCAUUCUACCACUUCUACGCAGAGCAACUGUCACGCCUGAGCCCCGAUGACUGUCCUCACCUCGUGCUUCAGGCUAUAGCCGGGCCACUAGCAGCUGCCACCGCUUCUACCAUCACCAACCCCAUGGAUGUGAUAAGGGCACGUGUGCAGGUGGAAGGUAAGAGCUCCAUCAUCAACACCUUCAGGCAGCUAAUGGCAGAAGAAGGUCCAUGGGGGUUGACCAAAGGCCUUUCCGCCCGUAUUAUUUCCGCCACGCCAUCCACCAUAGUCAUCGUUGUGGGAUAUGAGACGCUGAAGAAGCUCAGUUUACGACCGGAACUCGUGGACUCGAGACAUUGGUGAUGGUAGAGCUUGUGAACUCUAUCUUGUCCAUCUCAUGAGACAUUGGUGAUGGUAGAGUUUGUGGACUUAAUCUUGUCCAUCCCACGAGACAUUGGUGAUGGUAGAGCUUGUGGACUCUAUCUUGUCCAUCUCAUGAGACACUGGUGAUGGUAGAGCUUGUUGGCUCUAUCUUGUCCAUCUCAUGAGACAUUGGUGAUGGUAGAGCUUGUGGACUCUAUCUUGUCCAUCUCACGAGACACAUCAGGAGAACGUGCUGGAACAUCAUUGGUCUAUCUCCUUACUUGGUUCUUCUGUGAUCCUCUGCUGCUGGACUGAAUUGGGGCGACCAGACCCUGAGAAGCACAAGACUCUCCCAAAACAACCUGUGUAUACGUCCUUCCUUCUCCGUGUCCCUCACACGCGUGUGUCAUACAAAGGGGUAUUCCCCGUGGCCUCUCCUUUUCAACAUUGUAUCUGCCUUUUCCUCUUAUUGUUCAGUUUUAAAAACACAGGGUAUUCUCCCCCUUUUUUUUUUUUUUUAUAAAGACGUCUAGAUUUUUACACCCCAUCCCUUUUAUUAAAUCUAAUUGCCAAAUAGGUUGCCCAGGGCUUACAGAAUAGGCAAUAUAAGGUCCACGGGGGAAACUCUUCGUGCCCUCUGCUUAAAGUUGGUUUUGUUUGGUAUAAAACAUACCCCAAACCUUUCCUUUGCACCGCCCUGCAAGGCAAUAACAGAUAAUAGUGCUACUUGUUUAUUUUUAAAGGGGAAGUAUGCCUAUGUUUUGCAUCUCUUCAAGUAGACUGAAGGUGGAAUAUUCUGAGCAACUUAUUAGAGAUCUUUAUUAUACAUUUAUUUUUAAAGUUUACUUAUCCUUUAAAUAAAAAAUAGUGUACACUUUCCUUUUAAAAUUGUAUCCGGCAGUUAAGGCACUAGGCAUGUUAACACUUCGCCAAACCGUAGACUAAAUAUAAAAUUAAUUGACCUAUUAAUCCUGAAUGUAGACAAAUCUAUGGUAGCUAAGGUGAGAAAGCCUAGCAACCAGGUGUAAAUUCCAAAAAGACUGAGGAAUACCCCAUAGCAACCUAGAAGAGAAGGCAGAGUCGGUUUGUUCCUCAUUAUACUAAAAGUCCAUCCCCCAGUGAUUGGAACGUUCCAUACGGGUGGAUAGAUUAGAGGGGGGCUCGUUAUUAUUCGGGGUAAGUCCAGUGGCUUCUGUUACUAAAUUAAUUCUAAACCUAUGGGGAGGGGGGGUCUUUGUUUAUAAACUUCAGGUUAUAUUGCAGAUUUUUAUGUGUAUGUAUAUAUUUAAACUUUUUAAAAAGGAAUAUGAAACACUGAUAAUAUUAACUGUGACUGUAUAAUAUGUACUUGGCUAAUGGUUUUGUGGUCACUGGACCUGACCGGACUGUCCCAAAUGAAUUUAAUUGUUAGUUCGUUCCCGGGCCCAGGGGCUGUCAAUCGGGUUCUGCUAAUGGUUUAACCCAAGUUUUAUUGCCUACAAUAAAUACUUUCCUCACUGUG